AUGCUAUUUCCAUUGCUCGCUAAGAGGAAGAGUGUCUAUAUAGGCCGACAUCUCUCUCGAGCCUUUACAUCUCAAGUCAAAGUCAAACAAGUAUACUUUUCCUGCAAACCUCACCUACCUGUUUCUAUUCCAAGCUACACAACCAUGGGAUCUUCAGCGAGCUUCAAGUGGCGCUCACAACGUUUAUCUCUCUGCCUGCGCUUCGUUACGAUAGUCGCCUCUUUAGCGGCUGUCAUUUCCUUUGGAUACACGCAAGACCUGCAUGACAGAGAUGUCUUGACGGCAGCAGAUCUUGGUCAUCCCGUAAUCGCCCCAGUCACAGGAACGACCGAAUACGCACUCGUCUGGUCCCUCAUAAUAUUCUCAGUCGAACUGGCCACCCCCGCUCCCAUCCAUCCAGGCAUUUACAUCGCCUUUGACUUCAUCGCCUUCGCUGCCGUGUCCGUCGCCUUAUGUUUGUACCUCGCGAUCAUGGAGCCAUACUACACGGGUGGAUACACUUGUGGCCGCACAGAACCGGACUGCAAUGGCAAGCAGGCUGCGUAUGUCGAGCACUUUGGUACGGCGGUGGGCUUCGUCGCUGUUAUAAUUCAUUUCGGAUUCUUUGUCUGGGCUUGCCGUGCGACAGAUAAACUGCGCAAGAGUCUACGCGUCGCGAAGACGCAGGAUCCCAGCAAAGGUUUCGCUUGA